UUCGCUUCGCUGCAUCCGUGACGGCAUCUCAACUUUGUUGUUAUCGUUCACACACUUUCAACUCACUCACGUUUUAUAUAAUAAUCUGUGCCUCCAGAACAUCGCGAAACAAUGUCCAUAGUAGCUAACAUUGUUUCCAGAUUUGCAAUAUCCGGACAAAAUUUGGCCGGUUAUGGGUUCCAACAAGUUCGCAACAAAUGGACAGAUUGGCGGAUGAUUAAAGAUGUUAAGCGCCGUAAGUGUGUGGUGGAGCACGCCAAGGAUCGGUUGCGGGUCAAUUCGCUUCGGAAGAAUACUAUCCUACCGGUGGAGCUGAGGGAAAUGGCCAGUGCGGAAAUCCAUGCCUUCCCGCGGGAUACCUCGCUGGUGCGAGUGAGGGAACGUUGCGCCGUCACUUCCAGAUCCCGGGGAAUCGUCCACCGUUGGCGGGUGAGCCGAAUCGUGUGGAGGCAUAUGGCCGACUACAAUAAACUGUCCGGUGUUCAGAGAGCUAUGUGGUAAUGGAAGUACACUUGAAUUUGUCGAAUGUGAA